AUGACCGAGAUGAAAGAUGAUAAAUUGACAAAAGACAAGAUGGAGCAGGUGGGGGCGUACAAGAUGUACCUCCAAUCUGACACCGGUAGUGUCCCCAGGCGUUCAGCACAUCGCUACAAACAGCAGCAUCUGGUGCUGAAUGACUCGGCCAGGUCAGCUAAUGCCGAGAUGCUUGCUGAAGCCCCUGAACCAACAGCAAGUCCUGAGCCUGCCCUGUUGCCAGCCUCCACGAGCCUUGCAGGAUGGCAAGGAGAUGAUUUGGGAGGCACUGCAAAUCCUGCAUUAAAAGCUGGUCCUGUCACCUUUGAGCAGAACACUCCUACGAGACAACCUCCACAACCUGCUGUUUCAGGUCCAACGUGCGGGGAUUCACCCCAACAAGACCCAAUGAUGCAGCCCUUGUUUCCUGGGGCUCUGGUGACCCACGAGGAGAGCCUCCUUUUGCUCAUGGCUCACGUCUUGCGACACCAUGGCUCCAAAGAGGCAACGGAGAGCCUCUUGAAACUGCUACAGUACCAUCUUCCAGAAGGCAGCCAACUACCUGCGACAAAGUAUCUCUUUGAAAAAUACUUCACAAAACAAGAGCAGCCCCUCACGACUCACUUCUAUUGCCCUACAUGUACUAGCUACAUUGGAGUCGGAGAAACCGAUAAGCUAGAUUGUGUGUGUGGUGCCGAGCACUCAGCAAAGGUCCUGUUGCGUGGAGGCUCAUACUUUCUGAGCUUAGACUGGAAGGCUGAGCUCUGCAACCUCCUUGCCAACAAAGGCCCCUUGCCUGAGAAGCCCGGCCUGAUGUUUGACGUCAGUGACAUCACUCAGAGCCCUGCUUAUAAUCAGCUGCCGCUGGGCCCUGAUGAUGUCACGCUGACAUGGAACACUGACGGGGUGCCAAUUUUUAAAUCCUCAGCUUAUAGUGUAUGGCCACUAGAGUUGAUGGUUUGUGGUUUGGGCCAAACAAGCCAAACAUGCAGUGCUUCUUGGUGCCAUUUGUUCAAGAAAUGA